CCGUAUCGUCGUUUCACUCGCCACUCCGCUGCCGAACGAGUCGUAGUGUUCGUCUCGCGCGCGCGUGCAAUUUCGUUUUUAUUUUUAAACAACGUGAUAUAACAGUGGUACAUUAUUAUUUAUAUUUUUUUUUUUUUUAAUUAUUACGUACAUUACUUUUAAUUAUUAUUAUUGUUGUAAUUAAUUUUAUUAUUAUAAUUUUCAUCAUUAUCGUUUUGCUACAACGGACCACCGCAGAUAUAUUGUGAUUUCGUCGUUUGUCGUUCAAGUAUCAGGUGAUUUUAACGUGUUUACGCGUAUUACAUUUUUUUUUUUUCAAGCCAUUGACAUUUAAUUAAUAUUUCAUAGUGUUUUUUAUCGUUAUAAUAAUUUUUCGUUUCCGCGUACGAACUAUAACGGCACCACUAGCAAUAUCGACGAGAGUUGACCGGCACCCGGCGGUGUAGGUGCAGCCCUACCCCGACGAGAUGGGUUUCCGCGGCGGCGACGAGUCCGAUGAUGCCGCCGCAUUCGGUUCGUAGUGUUCGCGAAAAAUAACAACAGAAUUUUUGCUUUUUGCCUUUUUCUCCAUCGUUUUCGGUUUUACAAAGUCCGCGUUUCACGAAGCUAAGUAGCAGUAGCACCACCGCCACCGAAACAGAAGACACGUAUUUCCGCGUAAUUAUCAAUAACCGUCAUAAUCGCAAUACACACGAUUAACGUAAAUUCGCGCCGACCGUCAUCGCGUCGCUCAUUGUCGUAUCCGCAGAAGAGCUCCAUCACCGUCGUCCGCAUGUCCCGCCGAAAGCAAUCCAGACCGGUCAAGGUCCUCGAGGAUGGAUCAGAGGAAGAGUGCAUCAGCGGUGUCUCUCUUGGAGAACCGGGUGCGGCUGUCGUUGUCAACGGGCACCACGUCUCCACGUCCACGCGUCGAUUUGAUGACGGUGCGACAUCGAUGACUUCGGACGACGAAGACGACGAAGAAAACGGUCCGAUGCACGGCGAAAAGUUGCCGAGAAAGUUGUCGAACACCUGCAGGCAAUGUGCCAUGGGAUUUCUGAGUUUCUCCGAGCUCUCUGAACACAACAAGACGUGCGUGCUCCGCACCGGCGCCGCCAACAACGCGGCCACAUCCGACGACUUUGACCACAGGAAUGAUCACGACGACACCGACGACAUCGAGGACGAUGACGAAGCGGACGAUGACGAGGACGUUGUCGACGACUUGGACGACAUGGACGACAUGGACGAUUAUCACCGUCGCGGACACCACUAUAACGCGGCCGGUCUGCAGGCGAUGGCCGUGGCCGAUUUGAGGAGUGGCCGUCACAACAUAAACAACAACAAUAACAACAACAACAACAACAACAACAACAACAACAAGGCUCACGAAGAGCAGCGUAGACAGCGGCAAGACGCCGAGAACAACAACCGCCGUUACGGUGGCGCCCUACAAGACUCCGUUGUCGGCGGCGAUGAUAUCGUGGCCGGUGGCGGUGUGGCAGUCGACGAUCCGUCCGCACUAGUGCCCGCCGGUUUCCCGUUUGCCGCUUACCAAGCGGCCGUACAGGCGGCUGCCGCCGCGGCCGACGUGCCAGCGCUCCAACAUCAGCAGCAACAGCAAGCGGCCGCCGGUCAUCACGUGACGCUCGAAGCGCUGCAACACACCAAAGUGGCCGUGGCGCAAUUUGCGGCCACCGCGAUGGCCGUCAACAACGGCGCAGUCAGCAACCAGAACGUGUUGCAAGACUUAGCCAUCGUCAAUUCGUCGCUGUUCACGUUGCAACACCAACAGAUGAUGCAGCUCAGUCUCAUCCAACAGCUCCGUCAACAGUUGCAGAUAAGCCGUCGUGGCGGCGGCGGUGCCGGAAGUGUUGACGGCACCUUGUCCGUGUCGCCGCCGCUGCUCAGCGAUGGAAACGAAGACGGCGCCGCGGUCAUGUCGGCCAUGGCAGCAUCGCCCAACGAAAUGCCCUUGUCGCUGUUGGCCAUAUCUCGGAACGAAAUGUUGCAACAAAUGGUUCAACAGCAUCAACAGGCCGGGCGAUCUCCGCCUCUGCCCCCGCCCGUCCCGCAACAGCUGUUGCCGGCAGUCACGCCGCUUUCGAUCCCGGUCCCCGUGCCGAUGUCUCUGUCCACGCAACAGUCCACCGGCGACUGCACCACGCAAACGCCACUGCUUCAACUCAGCCGAUCUCCGUCGCCGUCCACCUCACGCUCGCCGACGCCCCCGCCGGCGUCGAUCAUGGCUAUAAUGAUGCCCGAACUGCAGCGUCCCGUUCCGUCGCCACUGCAAGCUCUACAAGCGUCCGCGGCACAAACCCCGCUGCCACCGCCGCAACCACUUGCAUCGAACUCCGCACAGACCACGACCGAGAGUGCAGCGCAGCCGCUACCACCGACCUCGCUCCAGUCACAGCCUCAGCCUUCGUCGUCGUCUUCGACAUCGUUUUCGCUGACGCCAUAUACUUCGUCGCCAAUCGUAACGCAUCAUCAUUCCAUCCCGUCGUGUUCCGUCUCUUCCGCGUUUGCAUCGUCAAUCAUCACCAACUUAGACCCGGAACCAUCGCCCACCGAACCCAACUCGCUGGAAAUGCUGCAGCGCCGUGCCCAAGAAGUGUUGGACAAAGCCAGCCAAGGAAUGUUGGCCAACAAUCUCGCGGACGAGCUGUCGUUCAGGAAGUGCUCGGGCAACGGUGGCAAAGGCAGUUCGCUGUCACCUUACGACGGUAAAUCCGCCGGUGGCAGUGGCGGAAGCCGUGGCGACAACUUUUACAAGCACAGGUGCCGUUAUUGCGGCAAGGUGUUCGGCAGUGACUCAGCCCUUCAAAUACACAUCAGAUCACACACGGGCGAACGUCCGUUCAAGUGCAACGUUUGCGGUAGUCGGUUCACCACUAAGGGUAACCUCAAAGUCCAUUUCCAGAGACACACGUCAAAAUUUCCCAACGUUAAAAUGAACCCGUUGCCGGUUCCCGAGCACCUAGACAGAGACUUUCCGGCGUUGAUACCACCGCACUUAAACCAGAGUCCACACCACCAGAACGGCAGCAACUCACAAAUGCCAACCACCUCCACCGGCACCGUCACACCACGGUCUCCGUUGUCUCAUCAGUUUUCCGUGGCCUCGUCCGCCUCGUCAUUCCCGACGGCUCUGUCCAAUCUAUUCCGACCAAGUGGCAGCCACCACGGCCAGCAACAACAUCAGUCGUCCUCGACAGACAUAGCACUCCCAUCGAAUAUUCAAAUACCCUCGCAACAACUACAGCCCGCCGAACAGUUAUUAAUGACAAACCACCAUCAACAACAUCAUCACCAACAGCAACAUAAUAUUCACCAGCACCACCAUAAGCAGCAACAGCAACAUCACCUGUCGAAUAAUCACUCAUCAUCACUACAACUAUUUCAGUUCAAACGCGAACAAGAGCAACCCGAGAACUUGAGCAAACCCGCGAACGCUGGUUGCUCAUCGCGUGAAUCGUCUAUUCCGUCUCCUCCGCCACUCUCCGAUUCCAGUAUGACGCGCAACAACAAAGAUGACCCUACAUGCUCCGAGUACAUCGACGAUAUGGCCGUGGACAUCGACUCUGCUGACGCAGAUGGACGUCAACAUGAUAUUGACGCCAACACUGACGACUUUAGCGUAGAUACUAAGUACAGUGGCGAAGAGGAACGAACCAACAGCCCAACUAUGAACGACGGGUUACAAGACCAACCCGAAAACCUGUCAAACAAAAGUGGUAGAGUAAUGAUGGCCAGCCCGCCACUUAACACUUCGGACGACUCCUUUUCGCCGAGGCCGACAUCGUCGUCUUCACGACACCACGGUUCCCGGGCCGGAUCUCCUGCAUCGAUGUCGUUCCACAACAGCAGAUACUCGCCACCUUGCGCUCUUGAUUUGACACCCAAACAGUCGGCAUUGACCACCACUGCCAAUCACAUCAUGUCCGCAUAUCUGCCACCGGCAUUCGCCGGGCUCAUGUCAGGUUCCGCCAACUCCACAGCCGGACUUCCGGGCCACGGACCAUCAUUCGGACCAUCCGCUGCUCGAGGAAAUACCACAUGUAACAUCUGUUUCAAAACGUUCGCGUGCCACUCUGCUCUCGAAAUCCACUACAGAAGCCAUACCAAAGAGCGACCGUUCAAAUGUACAGUGUGCGACCGAGGAUUCUCGACAAAGGGUAAUAUGAAACAGCACAUGCUAACGCAUAAGACACGAGACAUGUCGUCGACGGGCGCCGGCGGAGGUAGCUCGUCGAACAACAUGUUCGACGGCAACAAUUCGACUAGCUGCGGCCACGACGACACGGCCAGCAACGCGAGCUCCGAAAGCCGGGACGCAGCCCAGCAUCAUCUGCAUCACCAGCAGCACCACCAGCAUCAGAUGCAUCACCACCACCAACAGCAGAUCAUGCUGUUGAGCGUAGCAGCACAAAACGCCGCAGCAGCCGCCGCCGCCGCCGCUGUGGCCGCGGCCAAUGGACCGGCGUCGUCCGGAACGGUGACCGGCGGAGUCGGGCCACGGUCUCUGGCACCGCCGCCGCCGCCGCCGCCACCGCCACCGCCACCACCGCCGCCACAGCAGGUCGUAUUGCAACAGCCUACAAACGGUUUGCUGACCGCGGUGUCCAGUACCUCGACCACGGUAUCGGCCAACGCGUCCACGAGCACCGGGCCGUCGUUGACCAGUACCGCGGUCCAGUCGGUGGCCGACUUGUCCCCGCCACCGGCGCAACAACAAGCGUCCGCGUCUGCUCAGACGCCCCCGUCGCAACCACCGUCGACUAAAUCCUCCAUCCAACCGGUGGUUACACUGUCCGUACCCACUGUUGGUCAGCAACAGUACAACGCCUCGGGCUCCAGUUCCAGAAGACCGCCAACCGCGACCGAGGGCGGUAUGUCGUCUUCUUCGUCAUCGUCGCCGAAACGCUCAUUGCCCGAUCCUGAAGCUGGCCAGCCGUCGGCCAAGAGACAAACAAGUUCGCCCAAACACUUGUGUCACGUGUGCAACAAGAACUUCUCCUCGUCAUCCGCACUACAAAUUCACAUGAGAACUCACACUGGUGACAAGCCAUUUCGUUGCACGGUGUGCAUGAAAGCGUUCACCACUAAAGGCAAUCUCAAAGUGCACAUGGGAACGCACAUGUGGACAAAUGGAACGUCCAGGAGAGGACGAAGAAUGUCUCUAGAGCUUCCGCCGUUGCAAAUCGCCAACAAUGUCAAAGAAACGGACUUCCUACAACGCAGACCAGAAAUCUAUUACCAUCCGUUUCUACCCAGUCCCUUUUUAAAUGGAAUUCAUCAACAAAAGAUCAACGAGAUAUCUGUAAUCCAGAACGUUAACAGCAACGUCAACAAUCGCAUUUUGGGCGGAUUCGGUAACUUUGGUGGUGGCGGUACGUUUCCGGGUGACAUGAUGAAACAGGAACCUAGCAUAUCCGCCGACAAGCAGAACAACGUCAUGUCGUCGUCUUCAUCGCCACCUUCCCAUCAUAUAAGGACACCACCACUUUGGGACUUACACUACGAUCGGCAGACGGCCGUCAACAUCAAGUCCGCCGACGACCAUCAGCUCAACAACUGUGCGCCCCAAUCGCCACAAUCGUCACCGAUAGCACACACUAAUCACAUCUCCCAGAACCGCACCUGAAGGUCUGGCUACAUAACAUUUACUCGAGUAUUUGCGUUUUAACCGAUGAUAAAACUCAAAUCGCAUUGUAUAUUUUUAUUUUAUUAUUAUCAUUGUGACUAUCAUCAUUAUUUUUACUAUUAUUAUUAAUACUAUUUUUAUGUUAUUAUUAUUUUACUAGUAAUGGAUCUUACUAUAAUUUUAUUUUUUCAAUGACUUGACGUCAAUACGUCAUAAUAAUGUUAUAAGACGCUCUUGAGCGACACGCGGGAAAAAAAUCGCAGAGCUGCCAUCUGUUGGUCCCUAUGCCUUUGUGAAUCGUUAGGUACUCUAGACAGAAAUAAAACAAAAUUAUUGAAAAUAAUAUUGUCAGAAAGGGUUUUCUUACAUGUUAAAAACGCUUGAACUAAUGUCUACAAAAUAUUUUCUUUUAACCUUUUAAUUUUUUUUUAUUAUUUUAGAAUUGAUUUAAAAAUAUAUUUUGUAAACACUAUAUUUUUCUUGCAAAACAUAAAAACAAAAACACCUUUCUGAUAGUAUUUAAAAAAUAUUUUUGUUUUAUUACUGUCAGCAAUUUCAAAUACUUACCCGACUGUGUCGAGCUUUUUAUCGGUACAUUUUUGUUCUAAACGCUACAACAUAAUGAAAUCUUGUUCAAAAUUUACUCGACAUCCUCAUUUAGUAAUUGUAUAAUAAAGGAUAUUUUAUUCGAUUAAAUUUUUCGCCAUUCAAUAAGUCAUAUGGUAUACCCGUGACUUGAACCAUUCUCAUAAUAAUAUGCACUACAGUGAAGUCGACCAAGACACUGGUCAAUAAUUAAUUUGAUAAACAUGUCUUAAUAACUAAUGAAUAAGUCAUAUUAGCUAUUUUGACAGUGACUAAUGAAUCAUUAUUAGUGGAAACAAUAAUACUAAGUUUCAUCUAUUUAUAUAAUAAUAUGUACCUAUAUAUUUAUCUACCAUUAUCCAUUAAUUUUUUUUAUUUUGACGAUCAAAUCAUUGAAAUGUCUUAUUGUUUUAUGUUAGUAUCAUCGUUUAUUAUUCGUAUGUGUUAGAAUCAUUGUUUAUUAUUGGUGUAUCCUAUGUAUUGUUUAGGACUGUUAGUGAUCAUAGUUAUCAUUUUUGUGCUUUCCUUUUGGAAGAAUUAUUUGUCCUUAUUAUAAUUUUUUCUUUUUUUAGGUAGUUAGUAUCUAUAACUACUUACUUAUGUUUAUUUGAAUAACAAUUUAUUAGUUUAUACCUUUUAUUACUACCUAUAAUCACUUUUUUUUUGACAUCAUAAUGUUAUACCAUUAUAAUGAUUUUUUUUAAUUCA